AUGCUGACGAAGAUGCAAAGGAAUCAACGAUCGUGGGGCUUCCCGAUGGAGUUCCCGGCAGCUCAGUCGCUACUGCUGAUACUGCUAGCGGCGGUCAGCUUCACCGUGCGUUCGUGUGACGCUUCGUGUUACUUCCCGUUCGAGUUUCAGGGUGGUUACAUUACCCAGAACAUGGUCACACCGGAGGGUGCGGUACGGUACAGCCGCAUCAACAUUACGGAGAACGCGAUCCCACUGUGGGGCAUGUGUCACAAGCGGCGGGAUAACAAUGUGAUCCUGAUGACUGCCUCGGAGGAGACGACCUGCUAUCGCUGCUUCCACCUGAAGCUCGUCUCGAAGAACGUCCUGCGGGUGCUGGCCGCCGACAAGGACUAUCUCUCCAAGUGUCACACAAACGAAGAGAAAGCGCUCGCCUCCUGUCUGACCGAUGAGGAUCUACUGAACGAGGCUAAAAACACGGAAAUUAUCCUCUACAAAUUCCACGAAUGGGAUGGUGCUGAGGUACGCCAAGAGUACUGUCCCAUUCACGGCCGAUACCGGAUGACGUACAGUGUGGAUAGCAGCGAUACCGCGGACGGUAUCGAGUGUGAUUCAGUCGAGUCCGAGGUAGACAACUGCCCUUCCGGGUCAGCGUUAAACCUGCGCUUCCGGAACUGUGCCUUCCCCGAUCGGGAGGUAACGUUCGAGUGUUUGGGACACUGGCGUGGCUUUGGGAACCGAAAUUAUCUUGCCCUGCUCAGUACCGGCAAUGAAUCGCACCUAGGUCCGAAGUAUCGGUGCGCCACCUACACAGAAAACCCCAAGACGGGUGAGAUCGAGAUCUCGUUCAGCCGCGACUCAACGUGCCGUGCGAUCGAGCGUCAGUACGUGCGUCAUCCGAACUCACGGUACACGAACGGCAAUGGCAUCGGUAGUGAGUACCAUCACGAGAUACUAACGUUACGUCCAAUUCCGCUCGAGUUCGGUCCGGUCACACAGUACUGCAGCUUUCCCAGCUGGCUGAUCGGACGCUGGGAGCACGUGAUCGUCAAUCAGAACCAGCUCAUCUACAAAGACCACAACACCUUCAAGACGUACACGAUGAAGUGCGUCAAGAACUACACCAACCACGACUCCAACAAGUACAUCGUCUACAGCCAAACGCAAUGCGGCGAGGAGAUGUACCAGUGUUUGAAAAUCGAGCGGCGCGAUACGAAUGUGUUCGAGUUCCAGAUAAGCAGCCGCCAGUCGCCCAACUACACCGCCACAAUCUGCAACGAUUUCUACUUCAACGACGACCGGUGGCUAACGCAGGGCCGGCUCGAUAGCAACGACAUCGUAUCACCCUGCCCAAUUAUCGGCGAGUUCUCAGGCAUCAUCCCGGACGAUGAAGGGCUGUGCGCGAAACUGUCCUCCAAGUGUGAAUCACAGGACAUCAUGUACUAUCAAAUCUCGGCCUGCGAUUACAUGAACGAGGUGUAUGAAGAGCGCGAAUAUCGCUGCCUUGGCCAGUGGACACACCGUAACAUCGUGUACACGUACACCCAGCGGCGGGACGUCGGUACGUACGAAUGUUUCGUCGGCACGAUGCUGUCCGAACGGCAGAUCUUCAUCAAGGAAGCGGGCGAACACUGCCAGCGAGACGUCAAUCCGCACCGGUUCGGCAUGGAGCUGAACAAGGUCGCACACUGCACACAGCCCGAGGUGUUCAAGGUACCGGGCCGGCCUACCCACAAGUACUCGGAGGUACCGCUACCGACACAGCGACCCGGUCUGGCGAAUGGUGGUGGUGGUGCCGGCGUGGGACACACUGGCGUUCUCGCUGGCACCAAUGGAAACCACUUCCACCAAAGUUCCUCACCGUCCGCGGUGCCCAACUCUACACCGGCUCCACCGUCCAGCGUUACCACCGGGCGCAUCGGCAACGAUGGCGGCCGGGGCGGAAGCGCUGGUGAGAGCGGCAGUAACGGUGGAGCUGCCGGAGGAAACAUUUAUCCGCCGUAUAAGACUAAUUCCAAACACGAACCGGCCUCGGUCAAACCGGGCACCGUCGGCUCAACGGCCACGCAUGUACAGUCGCACUAUACCUAUUUAUUGUUAGCAACGUUUAUCUGUGUUAUCCUAGGUUGUAAGAAAAUUAGCUGUUAAACCAAUUACCAAUUGUACACAAACACACACACACACAAAAGACAACAAAAAAUUAAAAACAUGAA